AUGGCGCCCACGAAAGAGCUAGCGUUGAUAGCUUUUAUCGUAGGAUGCGCAGUCCUUUCGCACCGGUUCUUCGUCAAUCAGCAGUUGGAAUUAGCGGCCCAACAGGAGGCGCAGAUCCAAGAGCUCCUGUUGGAAAUAGAUCGAAUCAGGCCUAGGAUGGCCUGGUUCCGCCGCGCUGCCGUCGAAGACACCAACGAAUGCCGUCCAAGCCAGACAUGGUGGCAUCUUCAGAGUUCGUACAUCGAGUGUAACUGGGCCAGAAUCGAACGCCUUCAAGAGGUGUACAUCCAGGUCCAAAGACUCGGUUCGGUGAAGUCCGCGAAGAGGCCAAGAAGAGACCCGGCCGAAGAAGAGGAGACCCCGGAAGUCCCCGAAGAGUCUGAGGAGACCCCGGAAGUCCCCGAAGAGUCUGAGGAGACCCCGGAAGUCCCCGAAGAGUCUGAGGAGACCCAAGAAGCCCCCGCCGAGAAGGAGGAGGAGGAGACCCAAGAAUCCCCGCCGAGGAGGAGAGAAGCCCCCGCCGUCCCCCGCCAGGCCGUGAAGGAGGAGGAGACCCAAGAAUCCCCCGAAGAGGCCGUGAAGGAGGAGGAGACCCAAGAAUCCCCCAGCCGCCGUGAAGGAGGAGGAGAGACCCCCCCGAAGAGACCCAAGAAUCCCCCGAAAGGUCCCAGAAGGAGACCCAGAAAGGCGCCGAAAGGUCCUCCCAGAAGGAGACCCAGAAAGGCGCCGAGAGAUCCCAGAAGGAGACCCAGAAAGGCGCAGGGCAAGGCGGGCAGCAGCGGUCGCAGCGCCCCCUCAGCCCCGCCCACGGGACUCCGACGCCGGUCCGACAACCGCAGUUCCCUGAGCCUUCGCGCUACAGGAUGA